AUGCUGGCUGAAAAGACAGAAAUUAGAAACUGUUACCCAACCAACAAGGAACCCAAGAAAACCACUGGAGCAACAACUGACAAGAGGCCAAACAAGCAGAAAAAAACAGACAGUAAGAGGAAAAUGGCAGCAGUGAAGAAAGAAACAAACUCAGCUGUGGAUGGACUAAAAGACGGGACAGUUUUCUUCAGAAUGGAGUCAUUCUUACCAUCAACUUUGCACGAAACCACGACUACAAAGAAAAAUAUGGUGAGUAGAAAAUCUUACAGUGAUAUCAUAUUAUAGUGUAUCUCAUUUUCUUACAUUUAUAUGUUAGUAAAUUGUGUUGAUUGUGGAGGGAAACUUGUAAAGUUCAUUUUGAGUGUGAGAAAAGUCAACACAUAAGCUGUUAUUGUCCCUCAUCAGCAAGAGAAGAAUGGACAAGAGGACACCUUCACUCUCAUAUCAAAACAGAUCAAAUUAUUACCCAUAUAUUGAUUCUCUUCUUUGUUCUUUAUGUGUCAGGCUGCAUCAAAACUUGGUCUGGCUCCCUGCACAGCAAAGACGCAGGUCAUGAAGAUAAUCUCCAAAUCCAGCAACCCAUAA